AUGAGGGCUGCUGGGCUUCUGCUCUCAGUCAUUGGCAUUGUAGCCAUUUGGGUGGCCUCUUGGAGAGACACCUUCGAGCCAAGAGCCCAGGUUCUCUUGACCGGUGCCAGAGAUGGGAUCGGGGAACAAAUGGCCUACCACUAUGCCCAGUUCGGUGUGCAAAUCGUUCUCACUGCCCGGAGAAAGGUCAUGCUGCAGAAAGUGAUGGCCAAAUGUCUGGAGCUGGGAGCCAAGAAGGCCAUCUACUUCGUCGCAGAUAUGGCUUCUCCUGCUGAGCCAGAAAAGCUGAUCCGUUUCACCUCGGAGCAAUUUGGGGGUUUGGAUUUUGUGGUCCUCAACCAUAUUGGCACAUCAUCUUUUGAGAUAUGGGCUGGAGACAUGGACCAUCUGCGUUGGCUCAUGCAGCAUCCCGAAUACCCCCAGUAA